AUGUCGACGACACAGCUGGAUCUCAACUUUGCUUUCGGCAACUUCAACUACAUCUGCUCGCGAGUCUCGCUCACACUGUGUCCGCUGGUGGGUGACAAAGAUGGCAUUGAACCUCUUUGUUACUCGCGUAACGUCAAGAUUGCGGAUACGCUGAUUUUCCAGCCUUCAACAUUGAUCAUCCAUAUCAUCGCCCUGGUCAUGACGGCCAUUAUGAUCUACCAUAUCCGGUCAAAAUAUACCGCCGUCGGUCGCAAGGAAAUCAUUAUGUUCUUCUAUCUGUACAUGCUCGUGACCGUCAUGGACCUGCUUCUCAUCUCUGGAAUCAUUCCUACCGCCAACACCCUCUAUCCUUACUUUGCUGGCGUACAUAUGGGACUCAUAUCUGCGACAUUCUGGUGUUUGCUUCUCAACGGAUUUGUCGGAUUCCAGUUUGCUGAGGACGGAACACCCCUUUCGCUCUGGUCAAUCCGCAUCUCUUCGUUUAUCGUGUUUGCAGCAGUGACAUUCCUGUCGAUCGCGACUUUUGAGAAACUGGGACCAUUCGACCCUCUUCACCCUGUUGCACUGUGGGUUGUCUUCUUUAUCUUCAACGGUGCCGCUCUGUUGAUCUAUGUGAUCCUCCAGAUUGUGCUCGUGGUUAACACGCUGGACGAUCGUUGGCCUCUGGGAGAUAUUGUGUUCGGCAUCGCCUUCUUUGCGACAGGACAGGUGAUCCUGUAUGUGUUCUCGCUGAACAUUUGCAACUUUGCGAAGCACUACAUCGACGGACUGUUCUUUGGCACGAUCGCGACGCUGCUGAGUGUGAUGAUGGUUUACAAGUACUGGGACUCGAUCACGAAAGAGGAUCUGGAGUUCUCGGUCGGAUCGAAGCAGAACGUGUGGGAGGUCAAGGAGUUGUUGGGCGAGGAUGAGAUGGCCGGCGGUGGAUUGUAUGGCCAGCAGCGGUUUAAUGGCAACUCGCCUGCUUCGGGACCCUACGGCCAGGCCAACUUUUAUGAGGAGCGCUACUAA